AUGCAGUCUUCGUGGCCAUCGGGAGCAGGGUUUGAGCCUCGGCAGCUUGACGACAGGCAACAGCACCAGCAGAUGCAGGCUGCGCUCCCACAGCAGCAGCACCCACUGCAGCAGCACCUGCAGCAGCAGCACCUGAUGCAGCAGCAGCAGCAGCAGCAGCAGCAGCAGCAGCAGCAGCAGCAGCAGCAGCAGCAGCAGCAGCAGGGGCGCCUGCAACAUCAGCAGCAAACUCCGCAUCAGAACCCUCAACAGCAGCAACAGCAACAGCAGCAGCAGCAGCAGCAGCAGCAGCAGUGGCGCCCCCGACAGCAAACGCUGUCGCCAUUUGGGCAGAACAGCGACCAGCAGCGGGUGCACCCAGUGCCGCUGCGGCCGAAUACGCUGCAUGGUGACAUGCCGCUGUCUGGAGGAUUUGCCCCACUAUACAAUACACAGCGGGACUUCCAGCCACCACAGCUGCAGACCUACGCCAGUCCCCAGCAGCCUUAUGGUGGACCUCAACACGGCUUUCAACCGUCAUGGCAGGAUGAUGGCCCAAUGGCGCACAUUGACCACAGCCUGCAAGGUCCCCUGGCGCCGUCCUUCGCCAGCCAGCCACCCCACCCGGCACAGGGGUCAGCACCGCCGCCGCCGCUGCACCCAUAUGGGGGCUUGCCCGCGCUCAAUCACUUGGGCAGCGCAGGCCUGGGGGACGAGCCAACAGCGCCCAUGCAGGAGGGGGGUGACCGCCUGCGCGCCGUGCGCGAGCUGCCCGAGGUGUUUCAGCCCCUCUUCAGCUUCAGAUACUUCAACUUGGUUCAGUCGGAGUGCUUUGAUGCGGUGCAUGGCUCGGACGCGUCCAUGGUGGUCGCCGCCCCAACAGGCAGCGGCAAGACGGGUGUGAUGGAGCUGGCGCUGCUGCGGCUGUGGGGCAAGCGGCUGGAUGCAGAGGGGCAGCUGCAGCCGCCGCAAGGGCGCACCAAGGCCGUCUACCUGGCUCCCAUCAGGCAGGCGGCCCGUGCAUCCCGCAUCCUUGGCGCGCUGCCGCUUGUGGGCAUCUUAAAGCUGCAUGAGCGCAUGCGGGCUCUCGUCCAGGAGCGCCACUUGGACUGGUCGGCGCGUUUUGGGCCGCUGGGUCUCAGUGUUGUGGAGCUCAGCGGCGACAGCGACCCCGAGCCGCGGGAGCUGGAGGGCGCGGACCUCAUAUGCACCACGCCGGAGAAGUUUGACCAAACAUCGCGAACAGCCAAGGAGGCGGGCUCAGCCGGCUUCCUGGGCGACAUCUCCUUGCUGCUCAUCGACGAGGUCCACCUGCUGCACGAGGCCGGUCGCGGCGCUUGCCUAGAGGCCGGCACGGUCUGCCGCCUCAAAAUGCUUGCCGGCCUCCCAGAGAUGGCCGGGGCACCGGUCACAUCAGUGCGCUGCCUGGCGGUCUCGGCCACAGUGCCUAAUGCCGCCGACAUCGGCGCCUGGGUGGGAGCGCCGCCUGGCAUGGUGCGGGUAUACGGGGAGGAGCUGAGGCCGGUCAAGCUCACAACCCAUGUCAAGGGCUACGCCCCCGCCAAGAACGAUUUCCUGUUUGAGCGUCGCCUGAGCGACCAGGUGUUUGGCGUUGUGGCAGAGCACUCCAAGGGGCGACCCGCGCUGGUCUUCUGCAGCUCCCGCACCAGCACAACCGACACGGCCCAGGCGAUCGCCAAAGAGGCCCAGCAGCGCCGCGGCGGGCCCGGCGGCACGGGCUCGGGCGGCGCGUUCGUGCGGGGCGCGGCGCAGCAGCAGCGCCUGCAGCAGGCGGCGGCGGCCACCAAAAACAAGGCGCUGCAGGCCGUUUUGCCUUGGGGGGUCGCGUUUCACAACGCGGCGAUGGAGGGGGACGACCGCGCCCUGGUGGAGGGGCUGUUCAGGGAGGCGGCCGUGAUGGUGCUGUGCACCACGUCCACGCUGGCGAUGGGCGUCAACCUGCCGGCGCACCUGGUGGUGGUCAAGGGCACCAGACGGUACGUUGGCGGCCGCGACUCGGGGCCCGGCGAGGCGCCAGGCUAUGCAGAGUACGCGCGGCACGAGGUGCUGCAGAUGGUGGGGCGCGCGGGGCGGCCGCAGUUCGACACGGAGGGUGUGGCUGUCAUCAUGACCCAGCGCUCCACGGCGGCGCGCUACGGCCAGCUGGCGGCGGGGCAGGAGGAGGUCGAGAGCUGCCUGCUGGAGUCGGUGGCGGAGCACGUCAACGCCGAGGUGGUGCUGGGCACGGUGCGUGACGUCAGCAUGGCCAUCGCGUGGCUCAAGACAACCUUCCUGUACGUCCGCAUCCGCAAGAACCCGGGGAGAUACGGCCUGGUUCUGCCCCCGGGAACGCCCCAGUCUGAGGUGGACCGCCUGCUGAGGGACAGGCUGGUGCUGGAGAACGUCAGCACCCUGGUGAAGCACGCACUCAUGACUACAGAUGAUGAAAGCUUCGAGCUUAAGCCCACAGAGGCCGGCAGGCUGAUGGCGCGGCACUUCGUGCGGCUGCCGACGAUGGUGACGUUUGUGACGCUGCCGCGCGCGUCAUCAUCAAUGGCGGCGCUGAUAGGGGCGCUGGCGCGCGCCGACGAGUACAAAGGCAUCAUGCUCAGGAGGACCGAGAAGAAGCUGCUCAACACCAUCAACCACCGGCCCUACGCCGAGGGCGGCUGCCGCUUCCCUGUGCUCGACCCGGCGGCCGGCAGUGGCGGCAACGGCGGGGCCCCAAGGAAGGUGCUCGCGCGCAUACAGCGGCCGGAUGAGAAGAUCCAGAUAUUGGUCAACGAGGCGCUAUCUGACCGCCAGGGCCAAGGCCCGGGGGAGGCGCUGGACUACUCCCUCAGGCAGGAGCAGGACCAGCUGCUGCGUGUCGGCCAGCGCCUGCUGCGCUGCAUGGCCAAGCUCUUCGCGUCAGACGGCCGCCUUGCCGCCGCGGGCAACGCCGUGCUGCUUGGCCGCGCCCUGCGGCAGCGCGUGUGGGAGGACAGCGGGCAGCAGUGCAGGCAGCUGCCGAAUGUGGGGCGUCUCAUAGGGCACAAGCUGCAGUCGGCCGGCUUUGGCACCCUGGCGCAGCUGUUGGCUGCCGACCCCCGUCGCGUCGAGCUUGCGGCACAGAGGGCCUAUCCAUUUGGCGCGACCCUCCAGGCGGACGCACGGGCGCUGCUUCCGCCCGCCACCCGGCUGCGCCUGCGGCAGCUGUCUGGCCAGUCUGGCGGGCCGGCAGAGUGCGAGCUCACCCUGACGCGCCUGGACGCAGCAGGGGCGGCAGACGCAGACGGAGAGGGUGACGUGGGCGGCAUCGCGGCGGCGAGCGGCACGGCGGACGCGGCCGCCACGCUGCUGGUCGGCUGCCCAGGGAGUGACGCCCUGCUGCUGCACCGCAACGUGCGGCUGGGCAGCUUCCAGUCGCCCCUUCAGGUAUGA